AUGCAGAACUACACGCAGCCGGCGCUUCUCAAACAGCUCCAACAGGAUCUGAGUCGCAAGUACCAGGUCCACGGCACCCGCAUCGAGGAGAUAUGGCGUUCCUGGGGUCCCACCAAGCGGGCGGAAGCGUUGAGAGCGGGCGCUGCAAAUGGCGAAGUCCUCCGGCAUUCCUCAGACACGUCUAUGGGCAACGUCUGUAUGAUAAUCCCUGAGAUUAACCUUCAGCAGCUUGCAGGUCCGGAUCCUGAUUUCUUCCUCUCGCGCUUGCGGCACAGAGCUACCCACACAGUCCACCAACAGUAUCUGCAAGGUCCGGAUGGUGAGCCGGGGGAUGGACAGGUCAUUCGCUCCAGCAUGCUCCAGGGACUCCGCCAUUCAAAGGUAUAUCCCUACGAGUUGACCCGCCUCAUGGACGAUCUUGAAUACGGCGAAUCAUUCAAAGUCCGGGAUGCCGCGACGUACCAAAAGACGGUAUCCGACCUAUCUUAUGCCAUCGACGCUGGUGCCAUUGCUCCCCGAGCGACCGCGGAGUUGGUUAUGCAACGCCAGCUAUACGCCCUGCAGUCCUUCAAUAUUCUCGUCGAAGACAUCCUCGAUCUCGGCUCCACAUCUCGCGACACCAGCGCUCCGAAGAAACAUUCUCGCAAGAAGCCAUCUCAGUCGCAAGCCGGGCCGGCGAAACCAGAGAAACUGCCGGUGUCAGAGCUGCUUCUUCGCGCUCAGGACCAGAAAUCUGCUGCCGAGGAUUACCUCACCUUGUGCCGCACCGAGCCUGCGUUUCUUACUCCGAUUGUCAACAUGUGGUUUAUGAGCCGCCCGGAACUGCUGCCGGAUGAAAAAGGACGGCGUCUCCCUCUCUAUACCGAUAAGUACAAGAGUGUUGCGUUCUUUGAAGUUCUCCAUUCAGCCGUUGUUGAGGUUGCUGUUUGGGAGUAUGUCUGCCGACUUCUUCAGGGGGUGGUUGACAAGCCUGGUGACAAGACCUACCGCGGAAUCGUUCUUCAGGAGCUUUCCAACGUCUGUCAGUUCGAAUAUAGCAGAGCGCAGAAGCUCUUCAAACGCUACGUCCACACCUGCUCCGCGCCUAAAUACUUCAGACGAUCCUCCGCUGGCGGCAACAAGGCAGCAACGCGUGUUGUCAUGACAGUCAAGCCGGAGCCAUUGGCACAAGAGAACCCUCUGUUACAAUGUGUCCUGACACUCACGGACACGAAGACCGAUGCGCUCAAAGCGAUUCCAUGGAUCCAGAAACUCGACGAUCUCCCUCGCACACAUCCGACAUUGGCGAGCGAACUCACAGAAUCGGAGUCCGAAGCGCUCGCAGAUCUGUCUGUUACAGCAGCUUUCAUCCAGGCUCUAGCCACCUCCCUUCCCUUGCCCCCGGCAAACAGCAAGAAGGGCCAGGCCUACCUUCCCAAGAUCAAGGCUCUCAUCAGCGAGGUGGAAGAUCUUUCUGAUGACGUCGACCUAAGCGAGUAUGUUGUUCCAAUCGACAACCUGCUCGAACCUGGUAUUGCGAGAGAAGCGCUAGCCACACUCGACAACUUCGUCGUGGAAAAGGCGGGCGUUGGCUUGGGGUUUCUCUACGACGGCCUUGCCGAAGAAGUCAUGACAUCCGUUCAGGCGCAAAGCACAGAGACCGAACAAGCGCUCGAGAAAGAGCUGGACGCAAAGCUGUCACUUACGGAGCCACAGAGCACUGCAUUUAUGGUCGAGCAACGCCGUGAAAAAGCCAAGACCCGACCGGCCCACUCCUCAGUCUACAGCAUCGUUCCCACGGAAGCGCCUCCAACAGAAACAGAAAGCUCAGACCCGAUUCCCGUCCACAAGGUGAAGCAGGCCACAUUCGACGUUUUCUCUACACUAUUCUCAAAGACAGAAUCGCAAGGCUCGGUAACCUGGGCAGCAUUCCAGUCAGCCAUGACGGAUCUCAAGUUCUCUGUGAUACCUCGAUUCGGUUCAAUCUUCACCUUUGUCCCGCCGAAGGACUUCUCUCCUCCUAGGUCCUUUACGAUCCAUCGCCCUCACCAUUCACGCAUUGAGGGAUAUAAGUUGAUUUACUUUGCCAGCCGUCUGAAGAGGAUUUAUGGGUGGGACGAAGUAUCAUUCACGACCGCAUGA